GGCGUGGAGUAGGCGGGUAACCGUGCCGUGCUAUCAGGAUAACGUUUCCUCGUUGCCGGGGGGAAGCUCUCUCGUGUCCUCCUCUGCUCUUCCUCGACGAGAGUGAGGCCGGCCACCGGCGACAGGGCGGCCAUGGCGGCGGCGCUUCUCUCCCCGGCCUCUCCCCUCCCUCGCUCCUCCUCCGCGGCCCAUCCCAGGAGCAAGGGCGCGGCUGGUGCAGCAGCAGGGUGCGCUCCGCCGUCCAGGAGGAGGGCCGUCUCGUGCUCGUGCGCGCCCGAUUCGUGGAGCCGCGGGCUGGAGAGGAGGCAGCUCGUGCUCUCCGGCCUCGUCUCCUCCUUUGCAAUCGCCCUCCCGAUUACAGUAGUAGAAUCGUGCGCUGCUGCCACUGAGGUUGAGCUUGACGACGGCGUGAAGAUGGCCAUGCUGGUAGAUGAGACCAACGCCUACUCUUUUCUCUACCCGGUUCAGCUGCCAGGGAAGAAAACCUCCUUCAGAUGGGUGGAGUCCAGGAAAUCGGAGCGAUAUUCCUCUGCGGCGCCACUAUCUCCUGAUGCAAGGCAACGCAUCGUAUCGGAGCGCCUUGACAUGAUCAACAAUGCUGUCAUCUCAGUCUCGAUCGGGCCGCCAAGCUCACGCUUUCUACCUUCGAAAGACAAGACCACUUGGGCUGCAAAGAAUGUCGCUGAUUGCGUUUUGUCUGACAAGUCUUCAUUGAAGGUAACAACAACCCAGCGAAUGGCAGAGAGUUCUGUCCUUGAUGCACACACUGCAGAUGUUGAUGGAGAGCCAUACUGGUACUAUGAAUACAUUGUUCGCAAAUCACCAACAAAAUCGGUAAGCUUUUCUCCCUUAUAUUUACAGGAUGGCUUGUUCACUCCCGUUUUUGCACUAGGUUUUCUCUACUCGUUAAAUGCCUCCACUCUCAGCAAGCAGUGGGAAUCUACGAGCUACUUCAGAGGGCAGCGGCAGGAGCCUUCAUGGGAUGAUCCCCGGCCCGGUUAUCGGAGGGACAGGGGCGGGCGCAAGCGGCUGACGGCGCAGAAGAGGAAGGAGAUCAAGGAGGCCUUCGAUCUCUUCGACACCGAUGGCUCCGGCACCAUUGAUGCAAGGGAGCUCAACGUUGCAAUGAGAGCGCUGGGGUUUGAGAUGACGCCGGAGCAGAUCCAGCAGAUGAUCGCGGAGGUGGACAAGGACGGCAGCGGCACGAUCGACCUGGACGAGUUCAUACACAUGAUGACGGACAAGAUGGGCGAGAGGGACGCCAGGGACGAGCUCCACAAGGCCUUCCGGAUCAUCGACCAGGACGCCAACGGGAAGAUAUCGGACAUGGACAUCCAGCGCCUGGCCAUCGAGGCCGGCGAGCACUUCACGCUCGACGAGGUCAGAGAGAUGAUCCAGGCCGCCGACGAAAACGGUGACGGCGAGGUCGACAUGGAGGAGUUUAUGAAGAUGAUGAAGCGGACAGGCUUCGGCACUGGAUUCUAGAACAGAGCAGAGGACAAGCUGAAUGAACCGACAUAAUUCGCGGGUUGUACUUACUUGUACAUGUACCUACUCGAUCGUGCUGCAUACGUACAUGUAGUCACAAAUGUUUGCACCUGGGAUUUCUUUUGCUAGGUGUUUGCGUACAUGUACCAAAAUUACCUGGCGCCGACAAGUGGUGCCGUUCUGCUCCCAAAAAGCAAUGUGUUUGCUUA